AAGAAGCAAAGCAUAUUCCAUUUUCAACGUGGAGUCAGCUGUUCAAUAAAAUCCUCACCAUUCUUAUUCGUUGACAGAUCCACAACACAUACUUGGCAGCCCGUCAUGACUGCCGAUACUGCCACCAUAAGUUACUGGUUCAACUGGAGGUUCUCACUCUGUGCGCUAUUCAUCUUAACCUGUAUGGUUUUGGCAGCAAUUAUAAUUUGGAAAUUUGAAGGCCGGAAAAAAUCAGAACAUCAGGAGAGAGAAAAUUACAGGGAGACUCCAGGGCUUUUAUAUGAGGAUGAAGCUUGGAAUACAUGUCUCAAAAGCAUUCACCCUGCUUGGCUGCUUAGUUUUAGAGUGUUUGCUUUCUUCAUGCUUUUGGCAUUGCUUAUGGCCAAUGUUGUGAUUGAUGGAGGUGGCAUAUUUUACUUUUAUACUCAGUGGACAUUUACUUUGGUCACAAUCUACUUUGGGUUUGGAUCUGCAAUGUCCAUAUAUGGAUGUCGAAAACACUGGGGAAAAGUUGCUGGUGAUAGGGCUGAUUGUGUAAGUUUAGAUUCUGAGCAAGGCACCUACAUACCCCCCACUCUUGGAGAAACUGCAGAUGUAUCCCACCAGUCUAAACAUUUUGAUGCCAAUGCAGCACCUUAUCAUCCUCCCAGAGCAGGUGCAUGGAGUUAUGCCUUUCAAAUUAUUUAUCAGAUUUGCGCAGGUGCAGUAAUGCUCACUGAUUCAGUAUUUUGGCUUAUUCUUUUUCCAUUCCUAACAUCCGAAGAUUUUGGUCUGAAUUUUCUGAUUGUCUCUCUGCACUCAGUCAAUGCUGUUUUCCUCUUUGGUGACACAAUUUUGAAUUGCAUGCGGUUCCCUUUGUUUCGAAUUGCGUAUUUUGUUUUAUGGACGGGCACAUUUGUUGUUUUCCAAUGGAUCAUUCAUGCUUGUGUUAACCUUUGGUGGCCAUAUCCAUUUCUUGACUUGUCAUCUUCAUAUGCUCCCUUAUGGCAACUUGUGGUGAUUGUCUCAGUACUGAAGUUAACUCACUAGUUCCUGCCAACGUGCUCACCAUCUCUGUUUCCAUCUUGGACUAAAACAGGUCAUUCCCCGAGUCGUUUCGGAAAAGGGUGUAAAAAGAAGAGAUUGUUGAUGUUGAAAUUGAAGGUAAUGCAAGAUAUAGGGAGAUCUCGGAUUCAUGGUGGGUGGUUAUAUCAAUAUGUGAUUGAGUUUGUAUGGCAACUAUUGUCGACAUUGUAAAUGCAGAAGAUUUUUAAUUCAAAUAUCCAAGGUUGUACGACUUGCAUACUAUACAUAGAAACUUCGUUGCCAAAACACAAAAUAAGCUUAUCUACUUUUUUAAAUAUAUCAUGAG